AUGGACACGCCAUACAUGGUAUCUGAAUCCCAAUACUUGCCCGCAAUUGUUCCGCCAACUCGAGGACUGCCAAAAAAGUACUCUAAGACAUCACUGUCAUCAGCCAUAUCUCCUGUUGCGAUGCCAUACGAGCAGCAGUUGGUAUCAUAUCCAUCAAUACCUCAAAGUAAUUCUUAUUCAGAUAAUACUUAUACAUCAUCGGAGACUACUGAACCCCUGUCAUAUAGGUUUUCACUUCCAAAAUCAUUUGUUGGUCCAUUAGAACCAAACAAUUUGCUAUCACAGGCCACCCGACUAUUUGAGGGCCAAAUUCUUGGUCCGACUUCAUUAGCAAUACAUCGCGAUUUUAUAUACGCGGGAACUGCUGGUGGAGGUGUCUUCAGAGGUAAUCUCCGCACAGGAAAUUCAACACGAAUUGCCAAAAUAGCCAACGAGUUCUGUGACAACAAACCUUGGGAUUCAUCGGUUUGUGGCCGACCUCUCGGAGUCCGAGUUGACUCAACAGGAACUCUAUAUUUUGUUGACGCAUACCUUGGAUUGCAUGUAAUUGAAUUUGUUGACAAUCAGGUCAAAUUGAAUCGACUUCUAUCACUGGAACAAGUAGGUGGCAAAUACAUGGGUCACUUAGUCAUUGAUGAAGGCGCUGGUAGUGCAGGAGGACAUGUGGUAUAUGUGACAAUUGCCAGUAGUAAACGAGAUUUAAUGCAGUGGACAGCUAUGAUCAUAGAGCCGGACACCAGUGGCUUUGUGGUCAAGUAUGACACGGAUACGGGAAACUAUGAAAUCAUUUGGUCUAAUCUUUGGUAUCCCGCGUCCAUUGAGAUCACUGACGACCGAAUGGGUCUUCUCGUCGCUGAGUUUACCACCAGAAGAGUUCUCAAACAUUAUAUUAAAGGCGCUAAAAAGGGAACGACGGAAGUAUGGGCUGAGAACCUUCCGGGAGAAGCCGAUCAUCUGAUAAGAAGUCUCGAUAAGACACGUGAAACCUAUUGGAUGCCUAUUAUCAAUGCCAGGAAUGAAAGCGCUACUAAUUUAUUGGAUUGGAUGAGUGAUAAACCAUAUUUAAGACAAGAGAUAUUAGAAAAAUAUAGCAAAUUAGGAUCCAGUGUUGAGGAAAUGGGACAGCAAUAUAAAAAUGAAAUGUUAGAAAAGCUAGGAUUUACCAUAAAGUCUGCCCAACAGUUUUAUACACAAAAUAUACAAAAUAAUUACGGAAUGAUUCUUGAAUUGGAUGCAAAUGGAAAUAUCAUCGGAUCAUUGCAUUCACAAAACGGUGUCAACAGUUUUAUAUCAGAAGCUAUCGAAGGCUAUAGCGAUACUCCCGACGAAAGAGUACUAUAUAUCGGAUCAUUUGGUUACCCAUAUAUACUUAAAUUAGUUGUCAAAAAACCAAUAUAUGAUUUACCCGUUUUUAAUACAUUGAGAGGCGAAGAAUCGGCCUAUGAUUUAGAUCCUAAACAAGGAGUUCAAUACACGGCUUACACCAAACCGUAUACAUUUGAUGAUGAACUCAAGUUUGUCGAUAUACCAACAUUACUCAAGUCGUGGCCAACAUUACAGACCACCGAAAUUAAAACAAAUAAUUAA